AUGGGCCCAGUCAAAGUUGAAAACGACAGCUUUGCCGAGUUUACGAGGGACGUCCUGGGCCGCUGUUGGGGUACUGGUGACUUCACAGUAGUCGUGGAAGAGCCCGCUGGUGACCAGACAGAAGGUACCGAGAGUCCGAAUGAGAUGGGUAUUUGCCGCAGGGAGUUCGUCGUCCUGUCCGCUGUGCUGGGGACUGCUUCGCCAGUUUUUGAGAAUAUGGUCAAGCAGGACAAUUUUGUGGAAGGUGCCAAAUCCCAAGUUACAAUUACUGACUUUUCCUCAGCGGCGGUAGAAGCUUUCUUGAGGUUCUUGCAUUUCGGGACUGUGGAAGGGAGCCUUGCAACCGUCUUGGAGCUAGGAGUGCUAGCAGACAAGUAUGCUGUGAGCAAGUUACACCGUCUCUGCACUGGCACAGUACAAGACGAGCUGGUACCGACGACGGCCUGCGCCAUCUUCGAACUGGCCGACAGGUUCCACAACAUGGAUUUGCGCCGAUGCUCUUUGGACAUGAUCCUUACAGAACCCGCCAUGACCAUGAAGAAGCGUCCAGGUUUGAGCCCACAACUGGUGGAAGAGAUUGUCGGUAGCGAGGCGCUCUGUAUCAGCAGCGAGGAUCUUCAGGACUUGAUCUGCAAUUGGGAUGAGGCCUCCUCCGAGGAGGAACGAGAGGUCCAACGACUACUACAAGCCUACGCUGAGGGGCCCGCAACAACACACCGACGAGUAGCUAGUGGCGAUGCGCUUUUCGAGCUCAAGGAAAGCUACUGGGGUCAUGGGCGUCAAAUUGCCUUACUUCUGGGACCUCCUGAGAACGACUGGAGUGAUGCUGUUGCUGAACCCGGCUUUCUGGAGGCCUUGGCCCACAACGACAACUUUCACACCUACUCCAUUGCAAUACAAGAUGGCUGGAUCGUUUGGAUGAUGCCUUUUGUAUCGCUCUACCUCACAAGCUUCUCCUUCAAUGCCCGAGUGCUGACGGAGGAAGUCCACUUCAAGGUCUUCUGCUCCGAGGAUGGUAUUGACUGGAAGCUAUGUUUAGAUUCCAAAGAGCAUGGCAACAUCGAAGAAGACGAGGAUGUCUGCUGUGAGCACCGUCAUGUGAAGUGGCUGAAACUUUUGGUCGUGGACGGGCGCUUCUCCACAGACUUCUGCGUGAGUGGCAUUCUGCUCCAACCAAUGGCGCGGCUUCAAGUGUAA